AACAGCAGUGAUAAAAAGAAGGAAUGAUGGCUGAAUUCAGAUGGAUUAAAACGUCUUUAUUUCUGAUUCUGGUGCUUCAGUUUACAGCAGCAGCAACAGGACAACUUCCACUCUCCUUCACUGUCAGAGAUGGAGAUGAAGUCACUUUGCCUUGUAACAAUGUGUUAGAGGAUCAUAAGAACUGUAACACUACUAAGUGGCUCUUCAUUGAUUCAAGAAGCCCAUCAGUAGAGCUGGUUUCACUUGGAAAGAUUGGUGAAACCGCUAAAGCUAAAUCAGACAGACUGAGUGUUUCAGAGAACUGUUCUCUGGUUCUAAAGAACGUCACAGAUGAAGAUGUUGGUCGUUAUGACUGCAGACAGUUCAGAUCAGGACAAAUACAAGGUCCAGAUGCUUUUGUUCAUCUGUCUGUUGUUACCAUGACUGAACACGAGGACAAUGAUGAGGUGAAGUUAAACUGCUCUGUGUCGACAUAUGGAGGAUGUAUACACACAGUGAAGUGGCUGUAUGAGGGUCCAGAUAACACAGACAUUACAACAUCAGAAGCUUUCUGCUCGGCCUCUACUUCCUUUCCGACUUCUCAUUUUAUUUACGUUUCAAAUAAUUAUACGUUGCUCAAGUGUGAAGUGACUGAAGCGAUAUACCCUGGAGAAGUGAAGCUGUUUCCCUAUAACCCUCCUCAGUCCUCAGGAUCAAUACCAACAACAGCAACACUGACAACAACGCCAGAAGGUCAGGAUGAACCAAACACAGAACCAGAAACAGACAAAGUUGAGACACAAAGUCCUCACAACAUACAACAAAAUGAAGAGCAGUGUUGGUCUGUUCUGGGAUACAUGAUGUUGGUCAUCCGUGUGGCUGAACUCCUGCUGAUGACUGUGAUUGUUGUUCUUCUCAUCAGAGCUCAAGGGAACCGGAGACCACCUGAUCACAACACUGUGCAUGGUGCUGGAGAUGGGCAUGAAGGAACAGUGAACUAUGAAAACGUUGGAGACCCUUACGUUUUUGUCAGACUCCCCUGAUCAACGACUUCCACACCGACGUCAACUCACUAGAGAAAUGACUGUAUUGCAGUUAAACAUUGAUUAUUUUCAAGUUUAUGAAGUGUUAAACCAAUUCUCAUCUGCAACAUGAUAUUAAAGCCUUGUUUUAGCUGAUUUCAAGAAGCUAGCAGCACAUCUAUGACAGUUAUGUCUUUUCCUGCAUCAGAAAAAUCUUCAGAACACAAUUUUCUUAAGUUAUCAUCCUUUUGGAUUUAGGCCUGCAGAUUAUUUUCUGAUUGCUUUUUAAUUUGUAAGUAGCUUAGCAUGACUUUGUUCUUAUCAGUCGAUGUGCAAAAUAACUUGUUUUAGUUCACUUUGAUGUGGAAUUGUUGCUUUGGAGUCCGAUAUGUAUUUUGCUAAUUUUGCACAGUGAGCUUUGUUUCUUAAUUGACUCAGUAACCGUGUGUUCUUCUUUAUAACUGCUAAUAAAAUUAAUGUUUAAUUCUCAAUUAAACGCCUGUUGUAGUAUAUAUAAGAUAGAGUCAUGUCUUACGCAAUA